UCUGAAGAUCUGAAGGAGUCCUGGCCAAAGGAAGAUGGGCGAGCUCAAAAAACCGAGAUGCAUCUGAAGCCCAGGGCUCCUGAGCCCCGAGGGGUAGCCAUGGACCCAGGCAGCCCCUGAAACUUGCCCUGGGCUCUCUCACGCCUGCAGCCCCGAGCAAUGGGACACCUUUCCUGCAGCGAUCAUAACUUAUUCGGCGGGGACCAGAGAACAGGGAUCGCGAGGCAACAGCAGACCGGAACGGAGACAGGGGAAGGAGAUUCCGGGACUCGGUAGCGAUGCGCCAGCCUGGCACACUCUCUGAGAUUUAACUGAAAGCAGCGCCGUCAACCGCUUUCCCCUCGCCCCUGACCCCUUCAGGCAAGCCCAGAGCCAUAAAACCCUGCUCUCUCUACCCAAGAUGCUCGCCCAGUCUAACCGUCCGAGGCCAGCGAUCUGAUCUCCACAGAAGAAUUUUUUUCUCUGCAUGGAGCUGGCCGUUUAAACAGAAAAACAGGAGUAAAAACAAAGAAAGAGAGAGAGAAAAGAAAAGAAAGAAAGAAAGAAAAUAUACCCACCCCCAAACGUGCCUCCCCAGCGCCGCAGGGAGCCAACAGACACGCUGGAGUUUAACAAACAGCAAUACUCUUCGCGCUCCUGAAAAGCAGGGUUGGGCGCUCUCCGUGGUGCUGAAACGCUUCGUGGCCGCCUCUGUCCGUGGUACCUACAACCCCUCGCUUGAAUUUCUCCUGGGGCUCUCGCUUCGCGCCCCUGUGCCCCACCUCCCCUUCACAUCUGGAUUAUUUUUUUCAAUAGCUCUCGCUGGUUUUGUAAGUGCAAUUGGAAACAUUCUUGCCCCCAUAACUCGUGGACUACAAAGCACAAGGACCUGAAAAAUGUACAGCUUCAAUACUCUUCGACUCUACCUUUGGGAGACCAUUGUAUUCUUCAGCCUUGCUGCUUCUAAGGAGGCUGAAGCUGCCCGCUCUGCACCCAAACCUAUGUCACCCUCGGAUUUCUUGGAUAAGUUAAUGGGAAGAACCUCUGGAUAUGAUGCCAGGAUCAGGCCCAAUUUUAAAGGUCCCCCGGUGAACGUGAGCUGCAACAUUUUCAUCAACAGUUUUGGUUCCAUUGCUGAGACAACCAUGGAUUAUAGGGUCAAUAUCUUCCUGCGGCAGCAGUGGAAUGACCCACGUCUGGCCUAUAACGAAUACCCCGAUGACUCUCUGGACCUGGACCCAUCCAUGCUGGAUUCCAUCUGGAAACCUGACCUGUUCUUCGCCAAUGAGAAGGGGGCUCAUUUCCAUGAGAUCACCACAGACAACAAACUGCUGAGGAUCUCUCGGAAUGGGAAUGUCCUCUACAGCAUCAGAAUCACCCUAACUCUGGCCUGCCCCAUGGACUUGAAGAAUUUCCCCAUGGACGUCCAGACAUGUAUUAUGCAACUGGAAAGCUUUGGAUAUACCAUGAAUGACCUCAUCUUUGAGUGGCAGGAGCAGGGAGCUGUGCAGGUUGCUGAUGGAUUAACCCUGCCCCAGUUUAUUCUGAAGGAAGAGAAGGACUUGAGAUACUGCACCAAGCAUUACAACACAGGUAAAUUUACCUGUAUCGAGGCCCGGUUCCAUCUGGAACGGCAGAUGGGCUACUACCUGAUCCAGAUGUAUAUUCCCAGCCUGCUCAUUGUCAUUCUCUCGUGGAUUUCCUUCUGGAUCAACAUGGAUGCUGCACCAGCCCGUGUGGGUCUAGGCAUCACCACUGUACUCACCAUGACUACCCAGAGCUCUGGCUCCCGAGCAUCCCUGCCUAAGGUGUCCUAUGUGAAGGCUAUUGACAUUUGGAUGGCAGUUUGCCUGCUCUUUGUGUUCUCAGCCUUGCUAGAAUAUGCUGCUGUCAACUUUGUGUCCCGGCAACACAAAGAGCUGCUCCGAUUCAGGAGGAAGCGGAGGCAUCACAAGAGCCCCAUGUUGAAUCUAUUCCAGGAGGACGAGGCCGGAGAGGGCCGCUUCAACUUCUCUGCCUAUGCCAUGGGCCCCGCCUGUCUGCAGGCCAAGGAUGGCAUCUCAGUAAAGGGUGCCAACAACAACAACACCACCAAUCCGCCUCCUGCGCCAUCUAAGUCCCCAGAGGAAAUGCGAAAACUCUUCAUCCAGAGGGCCAAGAAGAUCGACAAAAUAUCUCGCAUUGGCUUCCCCAUGGCCUUCCUCAUCUUCAACAUGUUCUACUGGAUCAUCUACAAGAUUGUCCGUAGAGAGGAUGUCCACAAUCAGUGACGGGUCUGGGAUGUCAGGGGAGGCUGGGAGAGGGCAGAGUGGGAAUAGCACAGGAAUCUGAGAGCCUGAGAAAGAAACGGGGAACAGAAGAAGAGGCACACACACACACAACUCUCUCUCUCUGCAAUAUGUGCAAUAGCGAAAUGCAGUGAUGCAUGAGUUUUAGA